AUGGACCGGCGGGAUGGUGGUGAUUGUGAUGGUGAUGGUAGUGGUGGUGGUGGUGGUGGUGGUGGUGGUGGUGGUGGUGGUAGGGGUGGUGGUGGUGGUGGUAGUAGUGGUGGUGUUGGUGGUGGUGGUACGCCUGGGUGCGGCUUUUCCUCGUAUUAGUCACCUGCACCCUCUUCAACCGCUGGUUCUCUUGACUCUGCCUUGACACCGGGCACAUGCGGAGGAGGGAAGAGUGCGGUGGAUUCUGUGCAAGUCCACGAAUACCAUAAACAAAUUUGCGCCCAAGUCACCGUCCCUGCUCUCACCCUGCUGUGGAGCACACGGCAGACAUCGUUGAAAUCAACCGUUGAAAUGUCACGAGAAUUCAAUGUAAUUUUUCUUAUUGUGUAUUGUUCGAAAGACACUCGAGUUCGCUGAUACAGAUGUCAUAGGAAUAACAAUUUCGUCAUAUUACAUGUCGUUGGGUCGAUGGAGGAAUUUGUUGAGUUUCUGGGUAUCCUUGAAAUAUCCGUUAGGGCUUCGUGACUUUAAAGUCCCCGGUCUACUGUCCAAAAGGCGGGUUCUUUGGUGUGGGCCUAUGGACACGCUUGAGAUAAGACAUUUCUUGAAAGCAUUUACCUAAACAUUGAGUUUUAAUGCGUUCUGUUCUAUCUAGGCAGUCUUAUAGAUCUUAUUUUAUAGACUCGUCCAAGAACGAGAACGCAUCGUUAAAAGAAAACGGAAUUCUUUACGAAGGCCUGCAUUGAAAAUACUUACCGUGUGCUCCACAGCUGUAAUUGGUCUUUUCGCGUUUAUUUUUGAAUAUUUGCAUAUGCCGGGAAAGCGGGAGUACAAUAAAACAAAGGAUGCCUACAGGAGUCUUCACUGCCUUCACACAAACCUAUUACGUGUUUACUCACAUCCUCCUUUAGCUGUUUUAUGCAUAGCAGUCGAGUUGCAAGUGAAAAAAGGUCGUUUUACUAAAAUCUUCCCGCAUUUAUUUGCGCAUAGGGGCACAAAUAUGGCCUUUGGCAGCCACUGACGGAGAAAAUUGUCUGAAUCUAAGGUGAAGUUGAUUUCCGCGGAAAUUCGUAAUUUUUUUUCUUGACAAAAUCACCAGGAAACAUGUUCUUUAUAAGAAUAGAUCAUUUCCCUCAAAGUACUAGGCGAAUAAAUAACAUGCACAAGGCUUGAGGUGUCCCAGAAUGGUCCUCUUACCUUUCCUCUUCAAGUGUCAUGUGUUACGUCACCUGCUGUGUGCAGUCCACAUCGACAAAAACCUUCUUCACGCUAUGCUAAUUUCCCCUGGCUUCACAUAAAUUUUAAUUUGUGCAACACCCUCCUCCUUUUCACCGUCUGAUGCCCCGCCUUGGGUGGAGCAGUCAAGUUUACGUACUACACAAAAAAAUCGGAUUGAUCACUUCAUACACCAGUUUAUCACAAAAGACCUAUUCAGAGGCCAUCCUGCAUUUAGGAAGCAACACCCUGUGUCUUACAAAUAGAGUACAAAUUACAGCCUUCUGCGUCGAGCCAAAAGGGGUUGUUCUGACGAAGAAAGUUAUCGAGCAGCAGUGGAACACCUCUACAAACUAUUUUCCAAAACUGGGUGUCCGCAUGACCGUGUAUGUCAAGGCAUUUCUGAUGCUACGAACGUCCGUGCAUCAAAAGCAAUCAUCUGGCGUGUUUUCCCAAGCGUGGAAAAUCUGUCUAGGCUUGUCGAAAGGGAGCUAAAAAAACGCCGGGUACGUACCACGGCACUUACUCCUCCCUUGCCAUCAUCAGGUUCCCGGAAUAAACACUAAACGCCUCCCCUGGCUUUUGUUGACACUUCAGCCUCUUCUGACCAUGGUGCUGAGGAGAGGGUUCGGAAGAAGAAGAAGAUACAAUUACCGGAACAGGAAGUUUAA